UGAUGCGUCUAUUCAUGUUUGAGCGUUUGACAUUACUAAGUUGUUCAGAAAACGUAUUUGACAAAAAACGAACUAUUUUAUAAAUAUUUAAACGAAAUUGAAGCAAAAGUGUGUAAAAGUGUUCGAUUUGGUUAAAAUGAAUAUUUCUUUCACAUUAUAAAAUUGGUUAAAUUCGAUAGACUCUGAAAAUAGUACUUCCUAUAUUGCUGAAAAAACGAGAAGUUCCAAAAGAUGAGCUCUCCGCCAAAAAAGAUGCGAAAAAGCGGUGGCAGUGGUGGUGCAACCACAAUGGCAGUACAAAGUGAGCUCGCUCAAAAUCCGAACGAUGACAUUCAAAUCGACGAAGAACUCGAUCCAGCUGCAUUGUAUGAAGAUGAAGAAGGUGGUUAUCGAGUUGGUGAUAUUUACAUUCCACCACCGGUUAAACCUUAUUGUUCCAGUGAAUCACAAGGUGCUCGUCUAAUUAUUACUCAAAUUAUGAACACGAAUUUCAAAAGUUAUGCAGGCGACGUCCCACUCGGACCAUUUUGUCAUCGUUUUCAUGCAAUCAUUGGACCCAAUGGAAGUGGAAAAUCAAAUGUUAUUGACUCAAUGUUGUUUGUAUUUGGGUAUCGUUCCAACAAAAUCCGCUGCAAAAAACUCGCACUGAUGAUACAUCACUCCAAGAAAUAUCCAAAUGUAAACAGUUGCCGGGUAGCAGUUCACUUUGCACUGAUUGAAGACAAUCCGGAUGGAACGUAUCGCACAGUCGAAGACAGUGAGUUUGUUAUCGCCCGCGAAGCACAUCGGAAUAAUUCGUCAUACUAUACGAUUAAUGACCGUCGUGUACACUUCAAAGAGGUGGCGGCUCUACUAAAAAAACAUGAUGUCGAUCUGGAUCACAAUCGAUUCUUGAUUUUACAAGGUGAAGUUGAAUCGAUUGCUAUGAUGAAACCAAAAGCCCAGAAUGAUAAUGAAUGUGGCCAUCUCGAGUAUUUGGAAGAUAUAAUUGGUACAACGCGGUACAAAGAACCAUUGGAAAAAAUUCAUGCUCGAGUAGAUGUACUGAGUGAAGAACGUACAGAAAAGCACAACCGUUGUAAAAUGGCUGAACGUGAAUUGAAUGAUUUGAAGGCUCCAAUGGAAGAAGCUGUUGCAUACUUGAAGCUGGAAAAUGAUCUUACCCGUACCAAAAAUAAGGAAACUCAAUUGCACAUAUACGACACUAAAAAAAGCCUUGAGAAAUGUACAGCCGAAUUGGAAGAAAAAGCAAAAAACCUGAAAGAUCAUGACAAAAAAUAUGAAGCCAUUAUCAAUGAGCGAAUGGAAAAAGAACAACAAAUCCAAGACGAAAUGGCAAAUUAUGACCGGAUUGUAAAGAAAAAGGAAGAACAUGAACAAAUGAAGAAAAAUGCUGACAGCAAAUAUAACGAAAUUCAAUCGUCGAUGAACGAAACAAAUAAACGACGUAAACAAAUCGGUGCAACGUUGAAGAAGAAAGAGGAGGAACUUGAAGGAUUAAAACGUGUUCCAGAUAAAAACCAAAAAGAAAUCACAGAGUGUGAACGCAAAGUUGAGCGUUUUGUUAAAGAAAAAGAAGAAGCUAAUGAAGUGCUACAACGUAAUUUACUCAAACUACAAGAUAAAAUCAAACCUUUGACCGAAAAAAAGCAAAACCUAGAAGCUGAGCUAGCAAAUGUUCAACUUAAGCAGGAUGCAGCUAAAUCCGAGUUGGAUGUCAUUGAAAAUGAGCUAAAAUUAACUCAACAAAACGAAUCAACCGAAAAGAAAAAAUUCGAAGUUUACAAGGCUUCGUUGGAAAAAUCGAAGGAAAUAUUGGAAACACGGCGCAGCGAACUCGCUGAAGGCGAACAAGCUAUUCCUUCGAUCAAGGCUAAUAUAGCCAAGUGUGAUCAAGAAAUUAAUCAAUUGAAGCACAAAGAGCAACAACUUCAAGGUGAAGUAGCAAAUCUUCGAUCAGUGAUUGAAGAAAAAUCACACAUGAUGCAGCAGGCUCGAUCAAAUAACAAAGUUCUCGAACAUUUGAUGCGAAAGAAAAUCAAAGGAGAGCUUCGAGGUGUUUUGGGCCGACUGGGUGAUUUGGGUGGAAUAGACAAGAAGUAUGAUGUUGCCAUAUCUACAUGUUGCGGUCGACUGGAUAACAUUGUUGUUGACACUGUUGAAACGGCCGAACAAUGUAUUUUAAGUUUGAAGCAAAAUAACGUUGGACGAGCAACAUUCAUUGCUCUGGAAAAAAUUGAGCACUAUGCUGACUACAUAAAUCCGAUUCAAACACCAGAAGAUGCACCUCGGCUUUACGAUUUGGUUCGCAUUGAAGAUGAACGUUUGGCUGCUGCCUUCUACUUUGCCUUGAGAGAUACUCUUGUGGCAAAUGAUAUGGAUCAAGCAACACGAAUCGCAUAUGGUAGAAGUCGUUAUCGUGUUGUUACAUUAAAAGGUGACGUAAUCGAAAUGUCAGGCACAAUGUCUGGUGGUGGUCGCACACAAUUCCGUGGCAAAAUGGGAGAAAAGGUCAAAACAAAAACAGCUGUCUCACAUAAUACAUCAAUUGGUGGUAAUACUACCAUUGAAGAUUUAGAUGACAUUCGUGCGAAAGCACAAUCCAUUCAAGAUGAAAUCAACUAUACACAGCAAAUGCAAGGAGAAAAAGGAAAAGUUUUAUCUGAUUUAAAGGCAAGUCUACCGAGAGAAGAGGCUAAAUUAAAACGGUUCAAGACUGAUAUACAAACGUACGCACAACAAAUUCCGGCCCUUGAAUCCCAAUUGGAAGACCAACGUAAAAUCAUGGAAGAAACGCGUUCCGAUCCGAAAAUGGUUGCUGAACUUAACCGUGAAAUUGCGAAUCAGAUGAAAACCUACGAAAAAUGUCAAGCAGAUACAAAGAAACUGCAGGAUCAAGUUGAUGCAGUUAAUCAGGAAAUCAAAGUUAUUAACGAGGAUCAAAUUGGCUCUGUGGAGAAGUCCAUCGAAAAUUUAGAUAAACAAAUAAAGAAAUUGUCAAACCAAGCAACAAAACUAAAGGUCGAAAUCGCAACAGCUGAACGAAAUAUGAAAAAGGCUGAAGAGAAUAUAGCUACAAUGAAAGAGGAAAUUACAACCGCUCAAAAUGACAUCAUCAGAAUGAAUGAUGAACGAGAUCAGGCCGAAAAGGAUGGAGCUGAAAUCGAAAAACGACUACAGGAAAUCGUAAAGGAGAUUUCACAAACACAAAAUGGGUCAAGCGAUAUAAAAAAGGAAGUAAUUGCUUUGCAAAAACAAGAAUCUGAUGCAAAACUACAGCGGGUUGAAAUUGAACAGACCGUACACAAGAUUGAAAAGACAGUGCGUGACUUGAAAGCAAGCAUUCCAUAUUAUAAAAAGAAGUUGGACCCGUUGAAGUUACAUCAAAUACCGAACGAGGACCCGCCUCAGCCACUGAAAACAUACACAGAUGAAGAACUCUCAGCAUACGCUAUAGCAGAAAUCCAGUAUCGCAUUGAAGUUUUCGAGGGUGAGCUAAAAGCAAAAACACCAAAUUUGAAUGUAAUCGAUGAAUAUCAGAAAAAGCGUGACGUAUAUAUGGAUCGAAUCAAAGUGCUUGAAGAAAUUACGAAUAAGCGAAACGAAAUGCGGAAAUUAUUUGAAGAUAUCAAGAAGCGACGAUAUACGGAAUUCAUGCAAGGCUUCAAUAUUAUAACACAUAAAUUGAAGGAAAUGUACCAAAUGAUUACUCAAGGCGGUAAUGCUGAUUUGGAGUUGGUCGAUUCAAUGGACCCAUUCAGUGAAGGUAUUUCAUUCAGUGUGCGACCGCCGCGUAAGUCCUGGAAGAAUAUCUCCAAUCUAUCUGGUGGAGAAAAAACACUGUCAUCACUUGCUUUGGUUUUUGCUCUCCAUUAUUACAAACCUUCACCACUGUAUUUCAUGGACGAAAUCGAUGCUGCGCUUGAUUUCAAAAAUGUAUCCAUCGUUGCAAAUUAUAUUCGCGACCGCACCAAAAACGCACAGUUCAUCAUCAUUUCACUACGUUCCAAUAUGUUUGAACUAGCUGACUAUCUCACCGGAAUUUAUAAAGUUGACGAUUGUACCGAUUCAAUAACAAUUGAGAAUGUCCCGCCAAAGUCGAUUGGAAGUGCUUCGCAGCAACCACCAUCGAGCCAACGUAGCACAUCUGACAACAUAAUGCCUUCUCAGUCAAUUUUUUCGUCACAAAACUCUUCCCAAACCCAAUCCUUGCCGGACCAAUCCAUAUCUUCUUCUUCAGCUUUGAACGACCCGAACAACGAUGAUGCGGAGGUAAUCAAUAGUAUGCAACUACAUUCGGAGCAGGAUCAGCUGCUAGACAAUGACCUAGAUACUGAAAGAAAUAUGUCUAAAAAUAAUUCUAUAAUCUCACGAACACAUCGUUUGAAUAAAUUAAUUGUGUGUUGUUCGGAUGAUUUGAAUUCUGGUGGUCAGUCAAAUCUGAAUCGUGAAACACUGUUAGAUGCAUUUGAUGUGCUGUAUAAUGAGUGCAACAAAGAUGCACUCAAGAAAAGUGAUCGAAAUAUCUUCGAAUUCACCAAAAAAUAUCGUAGCAUUUUGGGCGAAACAAAGAAGCUGCGUGCUAGUAUUGAUGAUUUCAACAUAAAAGAAUUGAUUGGCAAAGGAUUUUUUGGUGAAGUACAUUUGGCUUUUGAGAAAGUUACACACGAUGUCUAUGCCAUUAAAAAAAUAUCGAAAAAAUCUUUCACACAAUCGAAAGAAGAGCGAAAUAUUAUGGCUACUAGUCGUUCAGAUUGGAUACCAAAGUUACAGUAUGCCUUUCAAGAUCCAACUCAUUUGUAUUUGGUGAUGGAAUAUUUACCUGGUGGCGAUUUAUUCAGUCUAAUGAUACGAAAUAAUACAUUUUCCGAAGAUAUUGUUCAAUUUUAUUUGGCUGAAAUAACAUUAGCGUUGAAUGCUUUACAUACUCUUGGUUAUGUCCAUCGCGAUGUCAAACCCGAAAAUAUAUUGUUGGAUCGCCUUGGACAUUUGAAAUUAGCUGAUUUCGGCAGCGCCGUUUUCAUCGAGAAAGAUGGAUAUGUAACCAGCUAUACACCAGCGGGAACGCCUGAUUAUAUUGCUCCGGAGCUAUUGCAGCCCAUCCACUCCAAAAGGCCGAUGAAAACAAAAUAUAAUGAAACAUGUGACUUUUGGUCUAUGGGAAUUAUUGCGUAUGAGAUGUUAACGGAAACCACUCCAUUCCAUAGCCAGAAUGUUCAUGACACCUAUAAUCAAAUUUUGUCAUAUGUUGAUGACAAUAAUAUUGAGAAAUUACAUUAUCCGGAAGAUAUCGAAGUCUCUGAUGAUCUUCGCGAUUUGAUCGAUCGUUUGGUCACAAAAGUAAACAAUCGAUUAACGUACAAGAAAAUUAUAACACAUAAAUUUUUUCAAACGAUUGACUGGAUGAACCUCAGACAGCAAAUACCACCAAUAAUUCCGACAUUAAAUGGAGAAGAUGACACGUCCAAUUUUGAGGGGGACGCAAAAAAAUCGCGCCGCAAUAAUACAUUUGAUACUUCUCCACCUGCAUGCUCAAUCAAAAAUGGUAACUUCUCCGGCUUUGAUUUACCUUUCAUUGGUUUUGGUUAUACUCAAGAGCAAAACGACGGAAUAUUAUCAACUGGAUCUUCAAUUGAGGUCAGUCGUUUAACAACACAGGUUAAAAGUUUACAGAAAACCAUAGACACACAAAUGUCAGAUAUCGGAUCUCUACAGAAGAAUCUCUCGGAAUAUCAGAAAAAAAGUGCACAAGCAACGUCUAUGGAAAAAAUUUUGGGUAUUACUAAAGAAGAAAUGAACGCAUUGAAAGAAAAGCUCAAGGAGAAAACAAUUGAAAUUGCCUGUUAUCGCACGCAAAUAAAAACGCUAAAGAAUUCUCUGAAAAUUGAAGAGGAACAAAGAGUAAAGAAUGACGCAAACAUUGCCGAUGUACUAAAUUCGACAUACCAAAAGUGGGAAAGAGCCAAAAAGCAAUCUGAACAGAAUUAUGAAAAGCAAAUCUCAGAGAAAAAAUCAGAAGUGUUGGCCAUUCAAGCAAAGUGGAAGGUUUGUGAACGAGAGCUGAAAUCAAAGUCGGUCGAAUGUAUUCAUCUACAAGCAACAGUUGACAAUUUGACGGAACUCUUAAAGUCAUCUAAAUGCCAGAGAAAUACAGAGAAAACUGAUUUGUCUAGAAAACAUCGUGAAUCGAAUGUACACUUUGAAGGACAGUUGCGUGAUUUGCGUGCAAAGUUGCAGACGCAAACCGAUGCGAAGCAUAUGGCUGAUGAUGAAAAUCAAAGAUUGAAAGGAAUUAUUGAAGAAACUAAUCAAAAGCUAAAAUUGAUCUCAGAACAAAACGGGAAAUUCGAUCAAUCUAAUGUCAAACUGACACAACAAUUGAAUAAAGAAAUUGACGAGAAUCGUAAACUACGUGAUGAGAACAAUAAAUUGUUACAAACAACUAUGGAUCUACAGAACAAAAUAGAAGACCUGACUAACCAAACGUACAAAGGAUGUCGCAUCUCAGAUUUCAAUGAGGGAAGCGCCAGUAUAUAUUGUAGCUUAGAGAGCAUAUCAUCCGAAAUCGAAACCCAAUUGAAAAAAGACUUGAAAGUUGCUAAAGAAGGUGAAAAUGAGCAACGUUUGCGUGCAAACAGCCUUGAAGAAACGGUCAAGCGUCUGGAAGCGGUGAUCGAACGUGUAAGCAAACAAGGAAUUUCAGGCGUCGAAGUUAUGCUUGAACGCAAGAAUGAAAAACUCGAAGAAAAAUUGAGCACAGUACAAGAACAAGCUACUAUUGAGAAGCAGGCAUCAAGAACAGCACAUUUACAGCUUUGGAAAAGUGAGAAAGAGCUUGACACAAUCAAAAAUGAGAAGCGUCGUCUAGAGCAGGAUGUUAAAAAAUUACAGAACGAAGUUGACGAAUUAACGAGAAAGUUUAAAGAAAAUAAAUUGAUUGCACAAAAUCGCGAGGAACGCAUCAAGGAACUACAAAUUGAUUUGUCAACACGAAAAAGCGAAUCACAAGUCGAACGUAGUAGGUGGGCAUUCGUUGAAAAAGAACGGAAUAAAGAAAAGAUUCAAAUUGUCAAUCAGAAUGCGAAAAUUCAUAAAAUGGAAAUCGAUUUGGCCGAAUGCAGAAGUACAAUGGGUUUAUUUGAGCAACAAAAGAGUACUUUAACAAUUGAAAAUCAGCAAUUAAUACAAAAAUUACGAAAAGAAAGCGAGAAACUUGACGAAACGACGGAAAAAUUGACUGAGUGCCAACAGAGCUAUGAAACCGUCAACAAAAACUAUGAAGUCCUAAAAAGUGUGUGUUCACUUAUGGAGACGCAGCUCACAGAGCUUGAAGAGAUGUAUAACGCACAGCUCGAGCAAAAUAAAGAAAAGUCUGUGUCAAUCGACAAACUGUGGGAGGAUAUUCGUGAACGUGAUUCAAAGUUAUUGAAACUUCAACGGGAGAUCUCCGAUGAGAAAAUACAAAAAGUUAACAUCAAACAAAAAUCCUCAGAACUUUCAAACGAAGUGACCGAGUUGACAAGCACAUUGGACGAAUAUCAACAAAAAAUUAGUACAAUGCAACAAGAAAUUUUGGGAAAAUCGGAGUGUUUGAUCAAAUCUGAGGAGAUGGUAGAACUUCAAAAGGAAGAAAUACAAAGUUUACAGCGCAUUAAUCGCUCACUUGACAGAGAAAUCAUUAUAGUUAAAGAAGAAAAUUCAAAAUUGCUCACUGAACUAUAUAUGUCGAAGGAAAGCUACCAAAAAUUGCAAUUCGACUACUCCUCGAUACUUGAAAGUUAUAAUGAUCUGAGAAAAGAGCUGGAACAGUUGAAUGGAACUGUUUCUGAAUUGAACAAGUACCACAUGCAGCGUGAGAUCAAAUCUGAAGCAACACAAGCACAAUAUAAAAAAUUGAUUGACUAUCUGCAAAAACGAGUCGACGAACUAUCACAGAAGAAAAAGAAAACACUAGCUGAAGUCUUAUUCGGAAGCAACAAUGGAAAUAAUUCAUCGAAAAAAGAAAAUAUACCACCUAUUUCAAGCCAUGUUCGAAAAGAACUGGACACAGAACGGUUGCGUUUGAGUGAAAAAUCACAAACAAUCAAAAUGACAAAGAAAAAAGAAGACAAGGCCAGUAAACUGCUUGAAACUUUUUCGAAAAACCCCGUAGAAGAGCAAGCAAUUGCAACAAAAGAAAUUCCAUCAAGCAUAUUAAAUUCAGAAACACAUCUAUUUGAACGAACAACUUACUUGAAUGGCUCGAACAUGUCGGACAGAUGUAUUGUUUGCAAGAAGUGCUUUGUGAGUGACACAAUUUACCAAUGUAAAAAGUGUAAUGCUUGUAUUCAUCAAUACUGCCGUGGCAGCAACAGCUUGAAAUGUAAUUCGGAAAAAUUCGAUUUAGAACCAUCAAUACAGCAAGAGUAUACUGGUGACAUAAUAUUGAAGGAUGAACCAGCUAUGGAGAUAUUUUGCCUAUACGAAAUUGCGGAAAAUGUUCUGAUAAUGGGUUGCGCUUCUGGUUUAAAAGCAUUUAAUAUAAACAACAAUAAAAUCAUACAUAUUGCAAAUAUUGAUAACAUCAUAAAUUUUGCGAUCAUCCCAACGUUCCCCAAAUCAGUUUUAAUUAGCGAAAAUGGGAAAAAACUGCUACAAUGCGAUUUAAGACAUCUUCAAACACGUGCAAAAGCAUCAGUUUGUCUGAAUACAGGGAUGGAUUAUAUUGAAUUAAAUUUGCCAUUCAUCAAGGAGAAUAGUCGAGGCAAUGACUUAUGGCGUUUCGCAAAAAUUUUUGAUAAUACCGAUCGUGACAAAAACACUUCGGAGCCAACUGCAAUUGCUGCUACACAUACACAAAUCGUCAUUCUACGAUAUGAUUUUGAAAAUCAGUACUUUAAAGCGAUCCGAUCAUUGGAUACCGCAACCCCUAUACAGUCCAUAUACUUCACACCAUUCACAGCUAUUGUGAGCUCCGAUAAAUUUUUUGAAAUCGAUCUUAACACGCUAAUAUCGGAAGAAUUCCUCGACAUGAGUGACACUAGCUUACGGCACACUCUAGAAUCAUGCCCACUGAACACAUUCGCAGUAGACGCGCAAGAGUAUUUGAUGUGUUUCACAGAUUUUGGUCUCUUUGUCAAUGAAUUUGGCUGUCGAACACGUCCAACAGAAUUGAAAUGGCUUAAAGGCCCGGCAAAUGCAUUUGCAUACAGAGUACCCAUUCUGUACGUCUUCAGUGAAGAUGGAAUACAAUUGAUCCGCAUACACAAAUCACAAACGGGUUGUGAAUUGGAAACGGGCGAGUCUGAUUAUGAUUAUAGUGAGAAAUCAUGUUCUCAAACAUUUAUCAACGUAAAAAAUGCUGUAUUUGGAGCAAAUUUUGAUGAAUGCGGCAUAUACAUCCUGUCGUCGUCAAACCUCGAUGGUACCAAUGCUUCAACCAAACAAAUUGUUCGAAUUAAUGGCGCAAAAGCUCUAAAUUAUGAGCACUUCGAAAUGUUGGAUUAAAUAACUUUUCAUUUUCAUUUUAAUUUAAUUUUCUUUUUCAGGCGGAAUGUUCUCGCCCUAACAUAAGCAUUUAUGAAAACUCGGAUCCGAGCUUUUUAAUUUUUUUAACCAUUACAGCUAACAUUUUCAAGAUAUUCUCGAAUUCUUGUUUGCUUGCCAACCUAUGAAUAAGAAAAUAAAGAAAUAAACUGUUUUAAAAC